UAUAAUUAUUCUCCAGCGAAUAAGGGAAUAUCCAUAUCAAAAUGACCAAGGAUACCAGGACCUUCAAAGUGCUCCUGGUGGGAAACUCCGGUGUGGGCAAGACGGCCUUCUUGCACCGAUAUCUCAAAAAGAGAUUCGAGCAUUCGCUACCGGUAACGGCUAACGUUGAGAAACAUGAUAUCCUUCUACACGCGACCGUCGGGCCGGUGAGGUACGAGAUCUGGGAUGUCAGCGGCACCCAGAAACCCAAUACUCUGGCUUCGAGGGAAUUCGACGAGAUCGAUGCUGCGAUCAUCAUGUUUGAUCUGACUGAUCGGAUUUCGUACAAUAAUGUGCCUAAUUGGUACCAAAGCCUUGUAAACAAGGACGGGAUGCGCCUUGGGAGGUAUAUUCCCAUCUGCAUCUGUGGGAACAAGAAUGAUGCCUCGGUGGAUGCCAAAUUACCACCAAAGGCAAUCACCUUUCCCAAGAAGAAAGGAACGGGCUAUGUGGAGAUGUCUGUCAUGGAUCUGGAGAAUAUACAUGGACCGUUCAUUGAUCUUGCAAGGCAGCUGAAGAAUCCUGUUGUGUGGUAUAAACCAAUGCCCGAUGUUGGACCGGCAGUAGUGGAAUUUCGAAACGGUCGGGACCGACGGUGGCCCCGGGAAAACAGCUCCCAGUAUCCUAAGCAUGAAUUUGGACCCCGUGUCCAGACCAAGGAGAUACCACCAAUUGAAUCACCGCCGGCACCAACAGCAGAAAUCUCGGCUGAAAAGGCCCCAACAGUCAUUGAGUCUCCCAAGAAGGCGGAUGCACCCAACGGGCAACUGAAGUUCAUCAGUACGACUAAUAAAGCACAAAAUUGGAUCAAACCGUCUGGAAACGGGACUAUCUCAGUUUUUGGGGAGACAAAAUCAGCAGUCAAUGAGACCGUCCUAGUUGCAGAAGCAGAACAGACAAAGCUGCAUAUUGUGCCUACAGAGGAGCCCGAAGUCACGAAGCACCACGAGCCAGCAAGGGAGCAUCACGAACCAAGAAAGGAGCAUCGCGAAUCCAAGAAAACACUUGCAUCUCCUGAACAGCAACCAACUCCACCCAAGAACCAAACCCUCUUCGUCAUGUGCAUCCACUGCAUCAGAAUGGUGCUCAUCAAGUGCAUCGAGGGAACACCCCUAGCUCAACUAUCCAAUGACAACCCAUCUUUUGCCCUCAUCACCACAGCGUGCCGCUCCUGCUGCCACGACUCGAAAAAAUCCCAAUCGGACGAAGUGCGCAUGUCUCCCGAUCUGAUUCGGUAUACGGCCAUGUACGAGUGUGCGCGCAAGGUGGCCGAGGACGAGGUGGAGGUGCUCACGAACAAAAAGAGCGUUGCGCAUAUCUCUCUUGACAAAUUGACCAGCAGUAUUGGCCGCGAGUGUCAGAUCCAGGGGAUCUCGACCAGUUCGGAUACACUACAGCGGUUAAGGCAGCUGGCGAGGAAGGAUGUGUUGUUGGGGUAUGUGCCGGGGGCGUUCCUCUAGACUUGGCCUUGGAUUAGGGUGAGAUAUAGCCUAAGGCAGAAAGUUGGGAGUCGUGCCAUCGUGUCUACCCGAAUUUGCGUUCAUUGAGUAGAGAACUUUCUACAGCCGACCGGGUAUACGCUGCUUACUGGACAUCACAUCGCAGAUCCACAGCUGGCGACUGUGUUGCUGGUGGAUUCAAUCCAAAAUCUUUUGGAUAAAUCAAGCAAUUGACAAGUCAUAUAAGGAGUGUACAGGAGUGCCUAAGGCCUGCCAUGACUUCAUAGCGGGUGGAUUUCCGUUUUCGGACUUCCGAAACCGUGUGGAGU